AUGGCUUCUCAUAGUACGCCAUGCAUUGCAACUUUAUCAUGUUUGCUUCUGCUGCUCUCCUCCUUCUCGCAAUCCCAAACGCAACUCUCCCCUACAUUUUACGACAAAACAUGCCCUAACGCUCUAAACAUCAUACGCACUACCGUAAGGCAAGCCGUGUCCAGUGAGCGUCGCAUGGCCGCUUCCCUUGUUCGCCUCCAUUUCCACGACUGCUUUGUCCAAGGUUGUGACGCUUCCAUCUUACUAGACGACUCACUAACCAUUAAGAGCGAAAAGACGGCGUUGCCUAACCUUGGCUCUGUCAGGGGUUACGACGUGAUAGAGGCUGCCAAGCGAGAGUUGGAAAAAGCUUGUCCUGGUAUUGUAUCUUGUGCUGAUGUAUUGUCGGUGGCUGCACGUGAUGCGACUGCUGCUGUGGGAGGUCCGUCUUGGAUAGUGAAACUAGGAAGAAGAGAUUCCACCAUGGCUAGUCGUACCAUAGAUCUCCCUAGUCCUUUCGCCAAUCUGGAUAGCCUUAUAUCCAGCUUUGCAAGCAAAGGCCUUAAUACAAGAGACAUGGUUGCCUUGUCUGGUGCACAUACUCUCGGCCAAGCUCAAUGCUUCCUAUUUCGCGAUAGAAUAUAUGGCAACCAUACUGACAUUGAUGCCAGUUUUGCUAACACUAGAAGACGAAAUUGUCCAAAUGACACCGGAAAUGGAAACUUGGCACCCCUUGAUUUGGUGACCCCGAAUUCCUUUGAUAACAACUAUUAUAAGAACCUGUUGCAAAAGAAAGGUCUGCUUCAAUCGGAUCAAGUUCUGUUCAGCGGUGGAGCAACUGACAGUAUAGUUUCGGAGUAUGCAAGGAGCCCUCAGGCAUUCCAAACAGAUUUCGCGUCAGCAAUGAUUAAAAUGUCUGAAAUUCAGCCGCUCACAGGUCAAAAUGGGAUCAUUAGGAAGGUUUGUGGUGCUUUGAACUAGCUUCAUUUCUUCAAUUUAGUUUUUCCUCUCCAUGAAGUUAAUUAAUUGUAUUUCUUUUCUUCAUAAUUGUACUCAUUGAUUCGUGUUUUAGAAAAAUGCAUGUAAUAAUUUGUUGUACUUUUCAUUAUAU